AUGCAUGACCAAAAGGAAAAUAAUCAAGAUGUAGAAAAUAAUGGUAGUGUUUUAAAAGUACAAGACCUGCUAAUUAAUCACAUAGAAAUAUCAGUUUCGGAAUCAGAGAAACGAAAUAAUGGCGCCUUAAAUCUGAGGGAUUACUAUACAGUAUAUUUAAUUGAAACCAAACUGGUUUGUCCAACGUUUGAAAAUAAACUUCGCAAACAUUCCACCAUCUGGAGAAGGUACACUGAGUUUGAACAGUUAUCAAACUAUCUACAGAUUGGUUAUCCUUACAUAGUACUUCCUCCUCUCCCAGAAAAAAGAGUUAUGUUCGCUUGGCAAAAAAUUUCCAAUGAUACGUUCGAUCCAAAUUUUAUUGACCGUCGACGAGCGGGACUCGAAAACUUCCUAUUAAGAGUUGCUUCCCAUCCAGUUUUAAGUUGGGACGAUCAUUUUUUGGAAUUUUUGCAGGAUGAGGAAGGAUGGCACGAAUCUUAUAAGGCCAACGGAUAUCUACAACUUUUUGAAAACAAAUUAAAAACACUAAGUGUAUCUAUAAGACUGAAAAGAAAUCAUGCUCGUUUUGAGGCGAUUAAAGAUUUUAGCAUUAACUUCCAAUCCAUUUUAAAUAGUCUUUUAAAAGCCAGAUGUAGAGUGGCGGAAAAAGAAUUCACAGUUCACAAAUUACAUGCAAACUAUGGAAGGGUUUUCAGCGAGUGGAGCGUUAUCGAAAAUGAAAUGGGAGAUGCUCUUCAAAAAACUGGUCAUUAUUUGGAUUCAUUAGCUUCUUGCAUUGAUGCGGCCUUAGAAGAUGAGGAAUUAUUAGCUGACCAGUUAAAAGAAUAUCUAUUUUUUGCGAAUUCUCUACAAUCUGUCUGUAAAAAUCGGGAAAUUUCACAACUUAAACUGGAAGACUCCGAAGAAAAUAUUGCCAAUAAAAAUGUGGAACGGACGAAGAUUCAACAGGGAAAGUCUGGUUUGAUGUCGAGGCUAUUUGGAGCAGUGGAUACUGAAGAUGUAAGGGAAAUGAAAGUUAGUGAGUUGGAUAGGGAGAUUCAAGAGGGAGCUGCAACUGUUAAUGAAUAUAGAGAGAAUUUAAAUGACUUUACCUUAAAAGCUACAGAAGAUAUUGACAGAUUUCAAAAUCAAAGAGUAUCAGAUUUAAGAGAAACACUGGCCAGUUAUUCAUUUUUGCAGUUGAAAACAGCAAGAAAGGGUUUACAAACAUGGACACAAAUUCGAGAUUGCCUUAUGAAUGUAUCGUAG